AUGGCGUCCGCCGACUCUUUCAUCAUCCACGACGACAACUCCGCCUCGACCGACAAUGACGAGCUCGAUUCCCUGCCAUCCAUCUCCAGCAGCGUGAUUGACUCCGAGGCUGACUCCGAGGCGCAGGCCGAGUGGGAGCGAAGCUUGGAGCAGAUGCAGCUGAUGCUGACCAUGAUCAUUGUUCCUUUUGUCGGCAAAUACUUUGGCAGGAAGUUUGCCUUCUGGAGUUGGGGUCGCUACAUGGAAUGGAUGCACAACGUCGAGAUUAGGUGGACGAACAAAGCCAAGUUCAAGGCCGUGGGAGUGGCAGAGGCGGCGGCAACGCUGUGAACAGGGCGGCAGUUAUCAUUUUGAUGACGACUCAACGCUUGAUGCAUGGUCGAUCGUCAAUCGGGGUGCAGUCUAUGGCAACGGGUCGCGUGUGUGCAAAAGACGUACAAAUAUUGGCGUUGGGAGUUUUGGGAGGGGAAACGCAUAGAACGACAGCCAGGGCGUCGCGUAGCUUUCCACAUGAUAAAAUAAGGUCGAUACAAUCAGCAUAUGAAUCAAGCA